CAAAUACUUCAUUGAUGGGGGUUCAAAAUGUACUAUGUAAUGGUGAGGAGAGUCCUAAUGAGAAGGAGAGGACUUGGACAUUAGCCUAAAAAGUCCCGUGGUUUUCUCCCUUUCGGGUUUCCACGUAAAAACUGAGUGUUCAUACAUAUAUUUACUAUAUCGUGUUGGAUUAAACUCAACACUGGCGCCGUCUGUGGGAAUCUGUCCAAAAAGAUUCACGUUGUUCUUCGUUUCUAAGAAAAAUUCAUACGAAAAUGCACUGAUUACAAAAAAAUUUCUGGAAGGAUUCUGGAAAGCAAAAGAGGAGGAAAAAUGGAAGAAUCUGGGUUUCUCCCUGAUUUAAGCUGGAAGCGUCUGUCACCUCCUGCGGCCGUGUAUCGUCUGGAGCUGACUGUCCCGCUGGAGUUCGCUGAAUACGGUAGAAGAUCACCACGACGACCCAGGUUUCGUUGCACCGCUGAUGGUCCGCCGCCGCCGCCGGCCGGAGAGUUCACCGUUCCUCGGGACUCGCCCGGUGCCGCACCUGGCAACUCCCAGGUCCGUUUAAACCAGUCCCCACGAACCCAGUGGUUCUUGACGAUCUGCAGGGGCGGAGUAGUACUCAGGGGAGAUGGCGGAGAAAGAAAAUCGGACCCUGACAGCCACUCCUCCGCCGCAGACGCUCUGCUUCUUCGCCGGUCCUGGCUCGCCUCUCUACUGCCGCUGCAGCGCCAUCGCCUGACGCCGACCCUUUCUCCGUCUCAGCUCAACCUCCAGCCAGAUGUCGAUACCUCCGACGUUUGGCCUGGGGUUGGUGAACCGUUGCUUCAGCCAGCUUUCCAGAGGAUAUGGGGUACUGCACAUCGACCAGAUGCCUUGGUGCUCAGCAGACCACGUCCGAGAGAUAAGGGCCAGGCAGUGGAGAGCCAAUUUUCUUUCAAUUAUGC